GUGACUCUCACUCUCAGGCUGUGUGGAGCAUCGUGAUCUGAUUGGCUGAGGAGUGCACCAGCUCUGAGUAAGGCAAAGGAUGCCAGAGUGCUCAGGCAGUGCAUGGACGGAUGCGAGCAGGGGGACGACAGCGAGACCGGGCACACGUUGUUGUUGUUAUUAUUAUGAUGCUGCUUCACAGUUCAGGGUAGCCUUCCAACUUUGACGCACUAAAGCGGGGUUGCAAGUUUAGUGUGAUGUUUUGGCUGCAUGUUGUAAAAUCCCUCUCACCACCACCGCCGAUACAUCCUCUCAGGAGUGAUGGGUUCUAAGUUGACCAGACAGAGAAGUCUAGAUUUUGAAACUAAAGUGUCCAAGAGGAGACGCCAGAGGAAUGACACCCAGGGGGAGAGCGAGAGAAGUGGCGGCAGAGGCGGCGGAGACUUCUUGUUUACCUCCUUGAUGCUCAAGUCCGACAAGCUCCCGGGGAUGCUGCGGAAAACCAACCACAGCCCAUAUGUCAGACGGGUGGCGUGGAUCCGGGAUAUCCAGAGGCUGCUCCGGGAGCAGAAGAUGGAGCAAGCAGCCGAAGUGCUCAAACUGCUCAGAAAGGAUCUGGGACUCCAGGGAACGUCACUCAAUGACAUUUUGUACAAGAACGCAGCUUUUCUCAACCUGGUGGACCCCAUCUCCCAUGAACUGCUUCUCAGUCUCGCACGGGACCUGCAGUGUCCGAAAAGGGAGACCGACUCAUUCAAGGCCACCAACAAGAUCUGCCGCCAGCUGAUUUACCACCUGACCCCUCACUCCAAGUGGACGAGACAGAGCGUGCCCAGGAGGAAGUCUCAGGCCUGCCUGAAAACCACCCUGAAGAAGAAACUGUCCGGUGAUGUCGUCAACCUGUCAGGCAUCCCGCUGUCCGGCCGCGACGUCCACCGCGUGGCCUUCUACCUCCAGGGCAGCAGUGACGCCGUGUCCGCCGUGGACUUGAGUUUUACCGAGCUGCAGGACGAGAGCUUUCGUCUGCUGCUGCCCCACCUCGGCUGCCUGCCGAAACUCACCAUACUAGCCAUCAAUGGCAACCGCCUGACGGUGGGCAUCAUGAAAGACCUGACAGACGCAGUAAAGGAUCCUAAAAAGUUCCCCAGUCUGGCCUGGGUCGACCUGGGCAACAACGUGGAUAUCUUCACCGUGCCUCAGCCGCUGCUUGUGGCCCUGCGGCGUCGCUUCGGUUUGCGCAGCAGCCUCCCAACGAUUUAUGAGUACAGGGAAGCGCAGGCAUUCGGUGGCUACAACCCAAACAUGGAGACAUCUGUGGAGGAGCCAAGUCUGUACGAGGAGGGGGAUGCAGAGGAAGAUGAUAAAGAGGAGGAGGAGGACAGGCUGGAGCUUCGAGCCUGGGGCUUCGGAGGAGAAAACAUGUCAAAAAAUGUGCCAGUGCACUUCUGUGGGAGGUGAUCGCCCCGAGCUGCUUUCUUUUAGACCGGCUGCCCCGUAUAUCCCUCAGUAUCACCUCGCCCUAAGUCUAGCCUCCUCUGUUAGCAGCUGCCAUUGUGGCAGAUGCUUUCACUGACCCACAUGUUUCUUAAAAUAACUUAAAAAUAAGUAACUGUGCUGUGUGGAUGCUCUGACUACUGAGAGGCAGGCAGUUCUGUGGUUGUACAGACACUAAGGAUUUGUUCAUGGAUUUAUUUAACCUUCACUUUUACUGAACAUGCUGUUUUCCAGUUCCUAAAGUUUUGUAGCCUGUUGUUUCCCAUUAUUUGCCAUUGUUUACUCGAGCAGCUGGGGGUUAAGUGCCUUGCACAUUGGCACUUCAACAGUAGCUGCUGAGGAAGGGAAAGCAUUACUAAUUCACAUUCACCAGAACACAUUUACACCAGAAGGUUCCUGCAACAACUUCACCCCUGCUGCCCCAUUUCUGUGAGAAGUCUGAAUAAGUAAAUAUCCUAUUUAAAGCAACCACGGGGAGUUUUAACUGGUUAUGAAACAGUCUCAAGUUAAUACUGAUGCCUCUAUAUGAUCCACAUAAGCAAACAAGAUCAUCAGAGACUGGCUAUUUCUAUGUAGUUAUUCCUAAUGUCCGCCACAAUGAAAUCAGAGAAAAUAAUGCAGGUUCAUCAUAAACUCUCUCUCAAAUCAGACUCAGCAGCGGAGCUUAGCCUCAUUGCUUUGCCGGCUUCCUGGGAGCCAACAUUUACACCACGCUGCUGCAGUCCCACGCCAUUUUGCCGGGCUCGCUGUAAGGAAGGGAGGCAUGGAAGAGGCAGGACUUGGAUUGAGCAGGGCAAACUAUCAGACCAUGCUUCAGGAAAAUGAGAGGUAAUGGUACACAUGGAAAAACUUGCUUUUCUCCCAGACUCAACAGAAAAUACAAGUUUCUAUUAGUUGCUUUGAAAAAAAGUUUAAUUUCAACUGACAUUUUUGCUAUGACAUAUAUAUUACUCAGCUGCAGAGUGGUUAGGUUCACAUAAAAGAUGCUUACUUUUUUAGUAUUUAUCCAGGAAUUUAUUUGAAAUAAAUUGUAUUAGUUAAAUUGGUUAGUUCCAAUUUUUAAAGGGAAGCAUACUGAAUCUAUUUUAAUUUAGACUUCCAGCGCUGAUGCUUCAGUACACUGAUGCUGCAGCUGUGUGGAGAAAAACCUCGGCCUGACACACACACACAGACAGAGUUUGGGCAGGAGCUGCCGAUGAACCGACUGCUGCCUCUCUCAGGUCUUGUUAGGCCACUUGAGUCACAGAUGGUGAGCAGAGGAUCUAUUUUUCCCCAGCAAAUGGGACUAGCCCCAGAUAAUUUCGUCCACUGGUGGUGUGUGAAUGAUUCCAUUUAUGAAUCAGACCAUAAGCAACAGGAGAGAUGCCCACACUGUUUUUAAAGGCGAACACAGAUAAUGAAACGAUUACAAA